AUGUCUCGCCAUCAUCCAGAUUUGGUUAUGUGCCGCAAACAAUCAGGUAUUGCGAUCGGACGUCUCUGCGACAAAUGCGACGGUAAAUGCCCAGUUUGCGAUUCCUACGUCCGACCAACAACCCUUGUCCGAAUCUGCGACGAAUGCAGUUUUGGCAAUUAUCAAAACAAGUGUGUUGUUUGUGGUGGAGAGGGUAUCUCUGAUGCGUUCUACUGCUUCGAAUGUACGCGUUUGGAGAAGGAUAGAGAUGGGUGUCCGAAGAUUAUCAAUCUGGGUUCUUCGAGGACGGAUCUGUUUUACCAAAAAAAGAAUUUUCGGAAUCAUUAG